UAAUUAAUUAAAAGUGUAUUAAACGGCUUAGGGUCGAGUUGGAGAGUGGGUGCCUUUCUACUGGUGAACGCGGCGUUAGGCGCCGGUGUCCUCAACUAUCCGGUCGCUUACGACAGAUUGGGAGGUCUGACAGCCGCUACUUUAGUUCAAUUGGUUAUAAUCGCAAUGUUAGCGUCAACAAUGUUAAUACUAAUAUACUGUUCGGAUAUCAAUAAUGACAGCACAUAUCACGACGUCUUGUUGUCGAUGUGCGGCAAAAGAGCCCAACAAUUAGCCGCAGCCUCUAUAAUGUGCACUUGUUUUGGCAUUAAUGUUACGUUUCUUAUAAUAAUAGGCGAUCAAUACGAUAGAAUGUUCGCAACUUAUGUCGGCUCACAGUUCUGUCACACAUGGUAUCUGAACAGAAACUUUACAAUCUCUGUGACGGCCAUUGUCUGCAUUUGGACCAUGUGUUACUUCAAAAGACUCGACUUCUUGAGAUAUGCCAGCACUCUCGGAGUAUUCGCAAUGCUUUACGUCGUCUUCUUAAAUAUAUACGAAUACCUAAUACUAGAGACAACUCCCGGACCCAUCAAAACCAGCCCAACCAGUAUUGUGAGUCUAUUCGCAGCGCUUCCAGUAGUCUGUUUCGCAUAUCAGACCCACGAAAUAGUGGUCCCGAUCUACGCGUGUAUGGCUGACAGGAAAUUAAAGUCUUUCUCAAAAGCGACGGCUUUGGCUCUCGUUCUCCUAUUCGUAUUGUACUGUCUUUCGGGAACUUUCGGUUAUUUAACUUUUGGCGCUUAUGUAUCACCGGAUAUAAUGCAAAUGUUUGACGCGAGGGAUCCGGUAGUGGCCGCAGGAAUCUUUGCGUUAAUAAUCAAAAUGAUCACAACAUAUGCGCCUCUUAUGUUCUGUGGCAGAGGAGCUCUCGACGGACUAUACGCUGAAAUCACAAAACUCUCGACAGAGGACUUUAUUGGCGGCGAAUUGAAGCGUCGGAUAAUCAUAACGAGUAUCUGGAAUACAGUGGUACUCAUCUUAUCAAUAGUCACGCCAAACAUAACCAUCGCUAUCGAACUCUUGGGAAUCUUUGCGUUAAUAAUCAAAAUGAUUACAACAUAUGCGCCUCUUAUGUUCUGUGGCAGAGGAGCUCUCGACGGACUAUACGCUGAAAUCACAAAACUAUCGACAGAGGACUUUAUUGGCGGCGAAUUGAAGCGCCGGAUAAUCAUAACGAGUAUCUGGAAUACAGUGGUACUCAUCUUAUCAAUAGUCACGCCAAACAUAACCAUCGCUAUCGAACUCUUGGGUUCAUUGGCGGCGUGUAAUGUAUUUGUAUUCCCGGGCCUAUGUAUGGUAGCUCUGGCCAAACGGAUGGCACACUUCGGCGAUCACGUCCUCUUCAGUAAAGGGCUUUAUAUCUACGGAUUUCUGGUCAUAAUUACCGGCGCUUUCAUAUUUGUCAUUGUCUUCAUUCAAGUUAUCAAUGAUUUGCUUUACUCUGAAGGAGAGACUCUUCUCUGCAAAUAACAUACCAUUCAUUGCUUUUCAGACACUUUUUGCGAAGAAAUUCACAACUCUUUUAAUAUAAUGUCAUUUUAAUGUCUGUUUUAUCAUAUCUUUUAAAAGUCGAU